AUGGAGAGUCAUAAUAAGAAGUCAAAAAUAGCGACGACAACUGAUCAUAAUCAAUUUGAGCUACAUGAAACUACGUUUGGUGAUGAAUUUUUGAAUGAUCAACAACCAAUAUUAGGCAAAGACAUGGAAAUCAAUACUGAUUUACCGUACAGUUUCGACACAUCGCAUAUAAACUUAAAUGUAGAAGAUCAAAAAGAAGGAAUGGUUGCAACAGAACAUUCUACUAAAAUUAUAAAUCACCUUGAAACAAGAAAUAAUCGAGGCGUGGAAGUCAUUCCCAAUGACUUGAUUCUGAAACAAAUGAAUAAUAUCAACGACAUCACAGCGAAUCUUGAACCUAUUAUUGAGUAUGCAGAAGAGCCGUUAGUAUCUCUAACCGAAGCAUGUGCUCCGCUCAUUACUACUAUUGAUAAUUUAUCAGUCUAUGUUCAACAAGCACUAAAAGAAACGCCGAAUCCACCUCCUGAUAAACUUACAAUCGAUGAGAGUGCCGCCAUUCGCUUAUACACACUUGAAUGGGAAGGAAAACAUCACAGUCUCUAUUCAAUGCUCAAUCACACACUCAAAAAGGAGCCACGCGAGAAAUUACGACCUUAUUUCAAAUAUCUAAAACUGUUCUUAACUGCGCUAACUAAAUUAACAUGCGUUCCAUCACUAGUUAUUUGGCGAGGAGUAACUAAAGAUUUGAGCGGUCAAUUUCCACCUGGCACAUCAGUUGUCUGGUGGAGUUUUACAUCGUGUACAACUUCGUUACCCGUUCUAAAAAACAAUAUGUAUUUGGGUGAUGAUGGUAAACGGACAUUAUUCUCUGUUGAAGCUAUAAACAGUCGAGAUGUGCGAGCUCAUUCACAUUUUGUUAAUGAAGACGAAGUACUUCUUUUACCUGGUACUCAAAUGAUCGUUCAGUCUCAAUUCAGUCCAGCACCUGAUCUUUAUAUCAUUCAUUUGAAACAGAUAGAGCCAGAGGAAGUACUACUAGAACUUCCAUUUCCAGGUGCAUAUCUUUAUCCUAAAAUUGGACGUGCUUGCUACAGAAAGAAGAGAUUUAUCAUUCCAGUAUGUUUAUUGACUAUUAUAAUCAUUGUGGCAACUGUUCUUGGCGCUGUUAUAGGACAUAAAUCUCCAAAGACUAUCUGCAAUAGACCUUUUGAACAAUCCAAAAAAUAUAGUGUUGGAAGCGAUCCAUCUUAUGCGGCGUUGGGUCACUUCAGAAACGAUAAAGAAAUAGAUGUAGCAGUGACCAAUCGAGAUGUUAACACCGUUACUAUUUUAUUUGGUAACGGACAAGGAGCCUUCAAGUAUCCAUGGCUUUAUGAUGUUGGCCGUGGUCCAAUUUCUGUGUUAUCCUACGAUCUGAAUAAUGAUAAAAAGAUGGAUCUGUUAAUUGCCAACCAAUAUAACAAUACAAUCAGUGUACUACUUAGUUAUGGGAACGGAAGUUUUCAAGCCAUACAAAACUAUAACGUAGGUCGACAACCGAUGUAUGCUAUAGCCUCUGAUUUUAAUAAUGAUGACAAAUUAGAUAUAGCAGUCGUCAACUCCAAUGACAGUACCGUCAGUAUACUGCUAGCUAAUGCGAAUGGAGCUUUUCAGACUCCGACCAAUUACGCCGUUGGUCAAACUCCGAGUUCAAUUGUGUCAGCUGACUUUGAUAAUGAUCAUAAAUUUGAUCUAGCAAUAGCCAACUUCGAUGACAACACUAUUAGUUUAUUAAAAGGAAAUGGGGACGGCAGUUUUCGUACUCAAAUAAAGUAUGCCGUUCCUCCAGGUCCAUAUUCAAUCAUCUCUUCAGAUUUUAAUAGCGAUAACAAAAUGGAUCUAGCAGUAGCUAAUCAAAAGGACAACACAGUUAGUGUACUACUUGGAAACGGGAAUGGAGAUUUUCAAAUACCAACAAACUAUACUGUUGGUAAAAUGCCAUAUUCUAUUAUAUCAACCGAAUUGGAUAAUGAUAACAAACUAGAUCUAGCAGUAGUUAGUUACGCUGACAGCUCUCUCAGCGUAUUGCAUGGUAACGGCGACGGAACUUUUCAACCCCGAAAGACCUAUAUCGUUGGUAAAUACCCGUAUUGUAUAGCCGCGGGAGAUUUCAAUAAUGAUAAGAUAACAGAUGUGGCAAUCGUCCUUUACACCAAUCAGCUGGUGACUGUGCUGCUAGGUGAUGGAAAUAGAAACUUUUCCUCUCAAUUGAACUAUACCGUUGGUCGAUAUCCGGCCUCUGUAACCGUAGCUGACUUUAAUAGUGAUAACCAAUCGGAUUUAGCAGUAGUUAACUAUCGUGACGAUACCGUCAAUCUGCUAUUCGGCAAUACAAACGGAUCGUUUCAGACUCAAACAAGUUAUAAAGUUGGCAAUUAUCCAGCUUCUAUGAUUUCAAUUGAUCUCAAUGCUGAUACCAAAUUAGACCUUGUAGUAACUAAUCAACGUAAUAAUUCGGUGUGUACGAUGGUUGGAAAUGGCAAUGGCACUUUCCAAGCACCUAGAUAUUUUGGUGUUGGCGAACUGCCGCGAUCUAUUACGUCAGCUGAUUUCAAUAAUGAUACUAAGCUAGAUCUAGCAGUGACUAAUUACAAUGGAGCAUCUAUUAGUGUGCUUUUGAGCAAUGGUGAUGGCACGUUCGAGGCGGCAACGAACUAUGAAGUUGGUAGUGGUCCGUGGUCGAUAAUUUCAGCGGAUUUCAAUAAUGAUAAAAAAUUGGAUCUAGUAGUGACAAACUAUUUCGUCUUCACCAUCAGUGUACUUCUCGGGUAUGGAAAUGGAAGUUUUCAAACUUCAAGAGACUAUACUGUUGGUCGAUAUCUGGCAUCCGUUAUAGCAGUUGAUUUUAAUAGAGAUAUGAAUAUGGAUUUAGCAAUAGCCAAUCAAUGGGACAACAUGGUAAGUGUAUUGCUUGGUAAUGGAAAUGGAACUUUUCAAUUAUCACGGACAUAUGCUGUUGGUCGAUCUCCAGAUUCAAUGAUCGCCGCUGAUUUUAAUAAUGAUAAAAAGCUGGAUCUAGCAGUUAUCAACUUCGAUGAUCAAUCACUUAGUUUGUUAUUAGGCGAUAAUAAUGGAAUCUUUUCAUUUCAAAGCAUAUAUCCAACUGGUACUGGUCCAUCAGCAUUAAAAUCUGCUGAUCUGAACAAUGAUAAUAAACUAGAUUUAGUUAUAACAAAUUUUUAUGAUAGUGACUUGUCUGUUCUUUUGAAUAUUUGUGAUUAA